GCUCUGUUGGAAAGGCAAUGUUUCCUCUGCAGUUCUCUAGGAUUUGAGUGUCAGUAACAUGUGGUCAGCUCAGAGAUCUAUGCACUAGGAGCAUUGACUAGGAGUCUAUCUGCAGAUUUUAUGUCUUUAACCUGAGAUGUCCUGAUGAUGUUGAGCUUCUUGGGUGUUGUUGGAGCUGUAUGCAAGUGAAGAAUAUGCUUUUGUGCUUCCCAAAUGUUCUUCGUAGAUGGUGGAAAGGCUUUGGGGUAUCAGGAGAAUGCAAGAAGAUAACUGUGAAGCCUCCACAUCAAUAACUCAGCUUCUGAGGGAGAGCUAUUUAGCUGAAGUCCGAAUACAACAAGAGCAUGGAGAGAAAAGCCGAUUGGAAGGUAUCUCACAACAUUUUCAUUAUGGCAGUAAAUCUGGGGGUUCCCAGGAUUUAGAUGGUCAGGACGAAUCCCCUGACUUGUCUGCAUUUUUGAGCCAGGAAGAAUUAGACAAAAGUGUAAACUUGGCUCAGCAAGCUAUUGCCUUGUGCUCACAUGAAGUAAACAAAGAUGAAAAGCAGAUCAAUUUAAACUGCCCCAACAAAGAUUUGUCUGACAUUUGUAAACCACCUGGGAACAAAAAGGUUUUAGAAUCUACAAGUUCCUCAACUGUCCCAGAGAAAUCAAAUGACAUAUCGUAUGAGCACGGAAAUUUCAUCAGAAGCCCCAGCAGCUCAGAAGAAAAUUACGAACAAUUAAGAAAGCAACCAAAGAGUACGUCUUACUGCAGUGAAACAGAGAGUAAAAAAGAUUACUUAAGUAAAGCUGCAGAUUUCAUUGAGGAGUUAUCUUCACUCUUUAAAACGAAUAGUUCAAAACGAAUUAAACCUAGAGCCUGUAAAAGCUCUCGAAGCAGGGCACAGGCAAAGUCUCGUUCACAAAGUCAACAUUCAAACUGGUCUGUUGAUGAGAGAGAGAGGGCACACGUUCCAUUUUCGACACAGGUGUAUGGUGAAAAUAAUCCAAAGGAAGAAUCUGAAGAAACAGAAGAGGCUCUAGUUUCAUCUGCAUCUGUUGAAAAUAUAACAAUAAAAGCCAAAAACAAUGAGGUUCAGUCAAAGCCUUUAUCUGUUGAAGAUACUAAAGGAGAUCCACCGCGAUUCACUCAGCGACUGAAGAGCAGAGAGGCAGCAGAGGGAAGCAGAGUCCAACUUGAAUGCAUUGUGACUGGAUUACCAAAACCAGAAGUGAGGUGGUACUGUGAGGGAAAGGAACUCAAGAACUCACCUGACGUUCAGAUUGCCUAUAAUGGUAAUCAGUGCUCACUGAUAAUUUCUGAGGCCUUUGAGGAGGAUACAGGACGUUAUACCUGUUUGGCUUCAAAUAUCUAUGGAUCGGACACAACGUCUGCAGAACUUUACAUAGAAGGUGUCACUUCAUCUGAAUCUGAACAUGAUUCUGCAAAGGAAGAAAUGAACCAGAUUCAGGAUCCAAACCCCAUUGGUGUUGUCGAUCACUCCUCUCCUCACAAUUCUCCAAAUCUUCAUUCAGAGUGUCACCAGUUAAAUUCCCCAGGUGUCCAGUCUCCAGUACAACCUAUACAAAAGAUACAAAGCCCUACAAAUUUUCUCCAAGGAUUGGAUGGGCUUCCCCUCAUGGCUGCUCCAGUUUUCAUCAAGCCACUGCAAGAUGUGACAGCAAUAGAGGGACAGCUGGUCGUGUUGGAAUGCAGAAUAAAAGGAGUACCUUUCCCGAAAAUAGAAUGGUACAGAGAGGAAACUUUAAUAGAAGAUUCUCCUGAGUUCCGAAUCCUGCAGAAAAAGCCAAGAUCAAUGAGCGAUUCAGAGGAGAUAUGCACCCUGGUAAUUGCUGAAGCCUUUGCUGAAGACUCUGGGAUGUUUACGUGUACAGCUAGCAACAAGUAUGGCACCAUGUCAAGCAUGGCUCACCUCUCUGUCCGUGGAAUUGAAGAUUAUAAUGCUGUUAAUCUGAAUUCUUCAAGCUCUGUGACAGUGGAGGCCACGGCAACAGAUACGCAAAUCCAACCAAAUAAAACACUGUUACCACCCACUGUCCCCUUUAAACCAAAACUGGAAAGCGUUCUUGUGAACCACCAAGACCACAAACCUAAAGCUGGAUUGAGAGUGCAUUUUAAAUUACCUGAAGAUGAUACAGGAAGCGAACCUUCAUUUGAGGGGGGAUACGACAAAACAAACAAACAGAAUGCCUGGACAUCAGUGCCAAUUUCCCCGACAAAGGAGCCUCCACCUGUAUAUGCCAAACCAAAACUCGAUCCCAUCCAGUUGCAACAACUGCACAACCAGGUUCUCCUUGAACAACAGCAAGAAGUGAACGUACUGCAAUCAACAACUCAAUCAUCAUCCCUGCCUACCACCUUCCCACCUGCAUCUCCAUCCACCAUGAAUACUCACACUGACAAUUCUCAUCAGUCUGCACAGAUGCCUUCUGCCAGCAGGUCAACAAUACCAACCAACACUCUGCCCCACGCAUUUAACUAUACACGUCCAAAACAGUUCAUUGCUGCUCAAAAUGUCAGAAGUUAUUCACCAUCAAAUUCUCCUCUGCCUGCAUUGAGCAUGAUAUCUCAAAAAACAGAGAGGGUGGAUAGUAAAGAAAAUUAUAUUGGAUUCCCACACACAGUAGCAUCACAAUAUGAUGUUGCACCCCACGAAUUGUCAUUGCCAGUCUCACAUAGUUAUUCAACAACAAGUGCAGUUGGACAAACUGCUCCCACUAUUCCACCACUUCCAAGUUUUCAGCCUCGGGUUGCUUCACCAACUGGUGGCUCCUGUCCUAGUCCAGUUCACAACCCAGUGGCUUUCCUCAGCUCUGUGCUACCAUCGUUGCCCUCUGCACCACCUACCAAUGCAAUGGGUCUUCCCAAGAGUGCUCCAAUAAUUUCUACACAAGGUGUCUUGAAGAAAGUGUUGAAAUCACCACAAUCAUCCACUAAUGAUGAAAUACGUGAAAGCAAGGAUGCUGUAAUACGUGAUUUAGAUAGAAAGUCGAACUUCAGAGAUGAUGUUUACCAUACUGGGCAGCAGAGAGUAACUUAUGAGGAUAAAGUAGCCCACAGAUCUCUUGGACAAAAUUCUCCUUCACUUUUUAAUUUUCAUGAGGUAAAGGAUAUGGCAGAGUUGCAGGAAUACAAAGUGUCAAAUUUUGAACAAAGACUUAUGAAUGAAAUUGAAUUCCGCCUGGCGAGGACUCCUGUGGAUGAAUCUGACGAUGAAAUACAACAUGAAGAUAUUCCUACAGGGAAAUGCAUUGCACCAAUUUUUGACAAAAAACUCAAACAUUUCCGGGUGGUUGAAGGAUCACCAGUAACCAUCAGCUGCAAACUUAUUGGCAUACCGGUACCAAAAGUAUAUUGGUUUAAAGAUGGUAAACAGAUUUCUAAGAAGAAUGAACAUUAUAAAAUGAAGCGAGAAGGUGAUGGUACAUGCUCAUUGUACAUUGAAUCAGCUACUAAUGACGAUGAUGGAAAUUACACAGUUAUGGCAGCAAAUCCCCAAGGAAGAACCAGUUGCUCUGGUCACCUCAUGGUACAGAAUACUCCAUUCCGUGGCCGUGUAGUCCCAUCUGUUCAGAGCCAAAGAACAAGGUCUCGUGUGUCAGAAGAACCUGUACAGGAGCGAUUUUUCUGCCCGCAUUUUCUUCAGGCACCUGGUAACAUGAUUGCUCAUGAAGGACAAAUUUGUCGAUUAGACUGCAAGGUGAGUGGUCUGCCAAAUCCUGACCUUAUGUGGCUGCUGGAUGGUAAACCUGUCUUGCCAGAUGCUACCCACAAGAUGCUCGUGCGUGAAAAUGGUAUUCAUUCACUCUUGAUUGAUCAUCUUACAGCAAAUGAUGCGGGGACUUACACGUGCAUUGCAACAAACAAAGCUGGACAAAAUUCCUUCAGUUUGGAGCUAUCUAUUGUAGCAAAAGAAAUCACAAAGGCACCAGUGUUUAUUGAGAAACUGCAGAACACAGGAGUGGCAGAGGGCCAUCCAGUCCGAUUGGACUGCAGAGUGUUGGGCAUGCCACCUCCAUUCAUCUUUUGGAAGAAAGACAAUGAGACAAUCAUGCCCAGCAGAGAAAGAAUAAGCAUGCACCGAGAUCCUACAGGGUAUGUCUGUCUCUUGAUCCAACCAACCAAGAAGGAGGAUGCUGGCUGGUAUACUGUGUCAGCCAAAAAUGAAGCAGGAAUCACAUCUUGCACAGCUCGAUUGGAUUUAUAUGCUCAAUGGCACCAGAACAUCAAACAGCAAGUAAGAAAAGUACAAUCUCCAAGCAAUCGAUAUGCUGCUUUUUCUAUCCAAGGACUUGACUUGAAAUCUGCUUCCCCAUCAGUGGACACCCCACAGAUUGCAACCAAACUAAAUGUGAUGGAAAGUGAUGAACUGUGAAGUUUCUUUUGAAGUUAUUUCAAUAUUUUUUUGCUUCUGCAAAACUUAGUGAACAGUGAAUAUAAUAGAUAUCAAAUGAUCAACGUUUACACAAAGUUGUUUUUCAAGAGCUUAGUACCUUUGUGAAUGCUAUAUGCAACAAGGCUGAAAUGACGUUUAAUUAGAGUAUAGACACUACAGAGAAACAAUAUAAUGAUUUCUAUAGUUCCUUUUUAAUAUUGUGGCAAAUGCUAUUUAUGAAUGUAGAUGUUGGCAAUUCCACAGUUACAAUAAGCUACUAGAUGUUCAGUAAUCAAGGCAAAUUAGAUGUCAAUCCCCAGCAAUUUUUCAUAUUGCAGAGACUUUCAAAAGCAAUGUGAUAAAGAAAAGGUGAGCAGUGUUAAUGGGUACAAUAUGAAAUGUUUGGUUCUGGUUUGCAAGCAGGUUCUUUCACUUGCAUGUGGCUCAUUCACACUCCUCAAAACCAUUGCCUAAUUAGCAUAAUUGUCUUUAAUAUGAUGUUACAUGCUGGUACAAUGCAUCUAUUUGUUUGCACCAGUUAAACUUUGACUGCAGUGGACAAAUUUAUUCAUGUAUUUGUGUUCCUUGGUAACAAUGCAAAUUACUUUUGAUUGUCUAUUAAAAAGGAUAAUUUUCUUUCCAAACUCCUUUGUGAGUAAUUUACAUAUCUAAGCAUAAAACAGCUACUGUAAUUAUAAAAUUGUGAGAUUCCCAUUAUUCUUUACCUUCAACUGCUUUAGCUGGUAUUAAGUUAGUCAUAUGGCUCCUUGUACAAUGCGAGAAACAUCUUCCCCAUUUCAUUCUCAAUGAACAGGGGGCACUUUCACCUUAAACCAUAAAUGUGUUUGGAUUCACACAUGACACAGCUUUCAAUGAACUAAGGAAUACAUAUUAACAAUUAUAAUCUGAUUUGUUCACAUACCUUACGAGGUAAUAAGUUGCCACACAUACCCACUGAAUCCACUGAAUAUGAGAACUGAUCCAAAACAGCAGUUUUUUUUCCCCAGGUAUUUUUCAUGUUGAUCAUGUGUUUAAUGGUUUCCAGGGGCUUCCCUGAUUCAGCAGAGACAAGCUUAAAUAAUGUACUAACUGCAGGAAGAAUGGAUCUUUGGCUUGAAUCAAAACAUUAAUGUAUGCUUGCACUUGUAAAGAAAUAAUGGAUUGUUUAU